AUGAGAUCCGUCAGCUUGGUUUUAUCUCCGAGUUUUGCACCGACGUUCGCCAUAUCCCCGGUGUUGACAACCGAUGCUCUUUCACGCAUCAAUGCAGUUCCCUACUUGCCAUCCCCGGUGAGCGUCAGUGACCUCCUCAACGCCCAGGCUCAUGACGCUGACCUCAAGGAUUACCUCGCUGGCGAAUCCUCCCUUGUCCUGCAAAAGGUACACCUCCCUGGGUGCGUCGACCCUCUUUUCUGCGACGUGUCCACCGCGCAUCCUUGCCCCUUCGUCCCCGAGCCGCUACGCCGCCGGAUCUUCAGCGAGUACCACAGCCUCGCCCACACCGGCGUGCGCGCUACACAGAAGGCCAUUGCAACCCGUUAUGUCUGGCCAAAUAUCAACAAGGACAUCCGCAGCUGGACCCGCUCCUGUCUUGCUUGCCAGCGGACCAAAGUUGAACGCCACAUCCAGACGCCACUCAAAGCGUUCCCCACGCCUGAAGGCCGGUUCUGCCACGUUCAUCUGGACCUGGUUGGCCCACUUCCCUCUUCACUCGGCUGCCGGUAUCUCUUCACCUGCGUGGACCGCUUUACGCGCUGGGCAGAGGCUUUACCCAUCCCAGACGCGACGGCGGAUACGGUCGGCCGCGCGUUUCUACUCGGUUGGGUCGCCCGUUUCGGCUGCCCUGACAUUGUGACCACCGACAGGGGACGCCAGUUCACAUCCCGCUCCUUCACGUCUCUUCUGAAAGCUAUCGGAACAAAGCAUAUGAUGACGACGGCUUACCACCCCGCGGCGAACGGGAUGGUGGAACGGCUGCACCGCCAGCUAAAGGCCGCCCUCUGUUCCCAGCCUGAGCCCACUAACUGGGUUGACCAUUUGCCAUGGGUGCUCCUCGGCCUAUGCUCUUCGCUAAAGCAGAAUCUCAAGUGUAGCUCGGCAGAGUUAGUCUUUGGCUCCCCUUUGCGCUUGCCUGGUGACUUCCUCGAUUACAGACCGAAGCCUCCCACCACCGGUGACGACUUCGCAACGUGCCUCCGUCAGCAUUUCCAGGCCGUCAAACCCGCCCUACCGCGUCAGCCUUCCCAUAGGAAGAUUUUCGUGUACCCGGAUUUGGCCAAUGCCUCUCACGCCUUCGUGCGGGUGGAUCAUGCCAAGCCACCCCUGCAUAUGCUGGCCCUUACAAGAUACUGGCCCGCAGCGACAAGACCGUCAGUCGACCUUAAUGGCCGCCGCGAGACCAUCUCCCUCGACAGGGUCAAGUACGCUCAUCUUGAGACACUCGUCGCCCCUGUGCAUCUCCUCGACCUUCCCUCCCACUGCGGAGGCCCUCAACGCCGACGCUGUCCCUCGGCGCAAUGUUUCCUGGCAUUCUCCCCUGGUUACCAUCAGGGUCUAGGGGGGGAGGCCUGUAGCAGCACUAGUUCCAUCGGAUGA